GCAGGACGAUUGCCACCAGUACUUCCGUGGCCAGACAUUGGUCGUAUUGCAAAAUGGUCUGUGUCUUCCUACAAAUUCGGGUUUGGAGCAGAAUGUCUGAGGGAUGGUGACCCGGACACGUUCUGGCACUCGGACGGACCACAACCUCACUUCAUUACAAUAGAGUUCCCUCAAAAAGUCGCCAUACAGAAAAUCAGUAUCUACCUUAGCUGGCCCCAAGAUGAUUCAUAUACACCAUCCACCCUUGCCAUCCGUGCCGGGACUGGUCCGAGUGACCUGCAAGACGUCAGAAUGGCCACUUUGGACAAGCCGGAUGGCUGGAUAACAUUCGACGUUUCCUCCGAGCUUGAUGAGGACGCAACUUCAUUCAAACCGGUUCGUGCAUAUGUGCUUCAAAUUAUCGUCGUUGCCAACCACAUGAGCGGGAAGGACACCCACAUUCGUGGACUUAGAGUGUUAGGGCCCAUCGAUGACAAUGCCGCAGAAGACGAUCCGUUUCCAUUUGUCACGCCGGCAUUCAAGAUGUACGAAUACCUUCGAUAGCUGAUAAUUUUGCGUCCAAGUUCAUCAUAUUACCCGCGUAUUCUACAGCCGUUGAAUAACAAUAUAUACGCAAAUCGAUUGUCCAUUGGCC